AUGGCUUCGUUUUUUUUCAAAGCAGUGAGCAUCAAGAUGCCCGACUCUUUCGCCAACUUUAUACAGACCGAUCCGUGGGCCGGCGAGCAGGUCCAUGCUCCUCCCGCUGCCAAACAACCAGCAGUAGACGCGACCGCGAAGCAUCACGUUGAGCCACAGAACGUGUCCGAGGAGACCGGUGAAACGAAUCCCUCCGGCGUGACAAAUACAUCCGGCGUGACAAAUACAUCCGGCGUGACGAAUACGUCCGGCGUGACGAAUACGUCCGGCGUGACGAAUCGAAGCAGCGACGAGAGUGCCAAUGGUACCCGCAGUAAUGGCAAGCCAAAGGGGGAGAUAUCGUCAACCGUGGACCACCUUUUGAACAAGGCGUUGGGGUUCGGGGCUGCAAGUGAGGCAGAGAAGAAGAAGGGCGGUGCCGCGAUGUAG